AUGAAAACCCUAGGUGUAGAACUAGACGACAGUAAUCAAUUGGGAACUUUGAUGCGGGAGAAUACGCAGACUGCAACAAUGGAGAAUUUGAGUUCUGAUAUCAUACAAGAAAUAUUUACUCGAUUACCUAUCAAAUCCGUUUUACAAUGCAGAAAAGUAUGCAGAUUCUGGCGAUAUCUGUUGGGGAAACCCAAGACAGGUAUGCUUUUCGCAGAUUUUCCUAAAUAUUACAGUCUUGUCGAUCUCUACUACGGAGAACCACCGUGGGAGAUUGUUAAUUUUAAUCCCAACGAGGCAUCUGAAUAUUUUAACAAGAUAGUUACACAGUUAAGCAAUGUAGAUACUAAGUUUUAUUCCUUCAGGUUGAUUGGUUCUUGCAAUGGUUUAGUAUGUUACAAAGCUUGUGACCCCAAUUUCGGUCAUGUUAUGUAUAUUUUCAAUCCGAUCACUGGUGAACGGAUUCGUGUUCAAGAUAUGAGUGUUGAUGAAUAUUUUCAGUGUGUUGGAUUCGGGUAUUGUCACUCCACUGAUGAGUACAAGGUUGUUAGGAUUCGCUACUUAGAAAACGGUAAAGACUGCAUCCAAGUAUACACUCUUGGUGAUGGGAACGGGUGGAGAGACAUAAAAGAAAUUGACUAUACUUCCUAUAUGUUUCAGGGUUUUGGCGUUUUUGCUAAUGGGGCUCUUCAUUGGUUAGAUGAAAGAUCUAACUUUGAUAUUGUAGCCUUCAAUUUAACAGAUGGAAUAUUGCGAUCUCUCCCAUCGCCACCAUGUCAUAUUCCUGUUGGUUCCUAUUAUAACAUUAAUCUUGGGUCGCUUGGAGGAAAUCUGUACUUGUGUCUUCGUUACAUAAAACGAGGUGAACAUAUGACGGAUAUAUGGGUAUUCAAGAAGAGAAAUAUGAACAAUUGCCGACGUGGUACUCGUAUAAAUGAGCGUACCUGCUUUAACUCUUUUACUUGGAUCAAGGUGUUCAGCAGAAAAUGGGAAUCAAGCUUAACCCAGAAAUGUCAACUAUUAUCCCUAUCAAAGAGUGAAAUUCUGCUAUGGAAAAAUGGCUCCCUCAUGUCUUGUGACCCUAAAGAUAAAACUUCAAAGAUAAUAUGGUAUGUUGAAGGUCCACGACCGGAGGUUCAAUUGAUUCCGCAUAUGAACAGCCUUGUUUCGUUGAAAGAUCUCGGAGAAGAGCUGGUUGAUUGCUAA